AUGGACUCGUUCGAAGAGCUUGCCGGCGGCGAGCCACCGAUCAUCGACCCGUACGCGGUGCUGGGCCUCGAGCGCGCGGCCACAGCCGACCAAGUCAAGACGGCCUACCGCAAGGCGGCGCUGCGCUGUCAUCCCGACAAGGUCAGCGAGGACUGCAAGGCGGCGGCGCACGAGGAGUUCCAGGCGGUGGCGCUGGCAUACGCGGUGCUGUCGGAUGUGACGCGCCGCAAACGCUACGACGCGACCGGUUCGACGGCCGAGUCGAUGUUGGGUCUGGACGGCGACGACGACACCUUUAGCUGGUCCGACUUUUACCGCGCCGCGUUUGCCGAUGCCGUCUCGGCCAGUGCCAUUGAGCAGUUUGCCCAGUCGUACCGCCGUUCGGAUGAGGAGCGCGCCGACGUGCUGGCGGCUUACGAGCGCGCCCACGGCCGCAUGGACGACGUGUACGAGUCCGUCAUGCUGAGCAGCGUGCUCGACGACGACGUCCGCUUCCGCGCCAUCAUCGACGCCGCCAUCGCCGCCGGCGACGUGUCUACCUUUUCGGCCUACACGGCCGAGACCAAACGGAGCAGGACCGCGCGCGUGGCCGAGGCGCGGCGCGAAAACAAAGAGGCCGAGCAGUACGCCCGCGAAUUGGGCGUGCACGAUAAGCUCUUCGGUCAGGGCGAGGCCACAAACAACACGAGAAAGACGCGAAAGACGAGAAACACAAAGACGGGGGCCGACGACGACCAGGCCGGCCUGGCAGCCCUGAUCCAGAAGCGACAGCAAGACCGCUCGGCCACCUUUCUCGACAGCCUGGCGGCUAAAUACGGCGCCACUGAGCCCAAGACCAAGGCUGGCAAGGGCAGGAAACGCACGGCCGCAGACGAGGACGACGGCGAGCCGUCCGAGGAGGCCUUCCAGGCAGCAGCCGCACGGCUGAAGAGCGGCAAGGCCAAGAGCACAAAGAGGACCCGGCGUGGCAUCGCCAGCAACGCGUCUAGACAAUCUCCACACGUCCCCGGCCAUGCCAUGACAGAGACGCGGUCAGCCCUCGUCUACUACCCGCAAUACUGCUUCCACCUGGCACCGACCCUUAACAAGUGGUGUCCUCUCCGCCUUGCCGAUGUGCAGAGGCUGGCGACGCGUGCCGAAUUCGAGGGCCAGAAUGUGUAUUUUCACCGGAACUACCCGCUGAAAUGGGUCCGUGUUGCCGGAGUUGUGGUGGCAUGCGACGAGUAUUACGGCCGGCUCGUCUACACGAUCGACGACGGCAGCGGAGCGACGACCGAGUGUGUGACGAAGCGGGAAGCCGACCCAGGCGGGAAGCCGGCCGGCACGGACACGGCGCCAGAAGAGCGAGAAGACCUGCCGGGCCUGCAGGUCGGCCAGGUCGUCGGCGUCAAGGGCGAGCUGCGACAGUUCCGCGAUCUGCUGCAGGUGCAGAUCGUGCAGAUCGUGCGGCUGCGCUCGACCGAGGACGAGGUGCGCUUCUGGGCCAAGACCCAGGCCUUUGCCGGCGUGUUGGGCCAGCCGUGGGUGCUAGGCAGGCGUGUGGUGCAGCAGUGUCGGGAGGCGGCCGAGAAAAAGACGAGCAGGCCGGCCGAGAGGAAGAAGACGGCCCGCAGCCGACGCCGGAAACAGGACGUCGAGCGAGAGACGUCUCCCCCGCCAAAGAGACCGGUCCCGGACCAGACGGCUGCUGUGCCGCCCGAGCCACCUAAGAAAUGGAGUUUGGGAUCGGGUUCGGAGGCCGUGGCAUCUGGCUCGACAGCACAGCAGACAACGACGACGGCCAUGGACAUAUUCGCGACGCCCGUGGCGACGACACCGCCGCCGGCGCAGAUCAGGAUGCGGGAGGACCACCCACUGGCCUGCCAGGGAGUGGACAGGAGGACGCGGCAGGCCAGCGGGCCGCUGCAGACGAACAAGUUCUAUGCGAACCUGCUGCUGGGCGAGCAGGACUUCCCGGUAUACAUGCUGCCGUACUCAGUGUCGUGGACCAAGGGCCGAAGUCCGACAUGUGGCUGGGGCCUGACAGUGUCUCACGUGACGGCCGAGCAACGGGUAUUUGGGCCGCCGGCAGCCGAGUGUCGCCAUGACACAGCGAGCGGUGCGGCGACGGCGGCGGGCUACUACUUCAGUCCGCCUAUCGUGCAGAACAUAGUGCUAGACGCGGCCGAGCUAGGCGAUGGGACGACGCUGGCGGUCGAGGACCUGACGCACAUGUCGGCGACGGUGAGCGUGCGGCCGGCCGGCCAGCAACGGCCAGCCGUGCAGUUUCCGCUGGUACAGGGCCAGGCCUUUGUCACCGGGCUGUACGACGGGUCUCGACCGGUGGUGCGAUCGGCCAUGGCGAUUACGUCGGUCGACGGAUUGGUGCCGGAUGCAGCCACGGGCGGAGCUGUGGGCAGCGGACAGGCGGUGGUCGGACGCGGCGGUGCUGUACGGCGGUUUGUGCUGCAGCUGAACGAUGGUGCCACGUGGUUUCUGUACGCACGACACCGACCAGGAACGACGCCGCUGGUGCUGCAGCGCACUGCCGUCAUCAGCGUGCUAGAGGCUCGGCAGCCCUUUUGCGGCCUGCUGCAGGUGGCACGGGCGAUGCCAGAACCAGGCGGAUCGAUGGGUCUCAGCAUGCUCGUCUACGACCGGUCAGCCGGCGUCUAUGCCACGGGCGUGAUGCUGUCGGGACGCACGGCGGCCACAGACGGCCAGGCCGACCGAUCGGAUGGCUCGUACCGCUUCGGAUUUGCCAAGGCGCCGGCUGUGGGCGGAAACGACCAGCAAAACACGCCGCUGCUCAUAUUUGCGCUGCCACACCACCGGGCCUCGUUCGACCAGCAGACGCGCGUGGCGUCGACAUACCUGCAGCUGCAGACGCCGACCAACGGAAUCGCAAGGGCAGUCGCGGCCGACGCCUGGACCAUGGUCGAGCCAGAGCUGCCGGUGGACAUGGGCUUUCUGCCGUGGGACCCGCAGACGCGGCGGACGGUGCGCUCGCUCUCGUCGGCGGCCGUGCGGCAGACCAUCUGGGAGGUGGCCCGGCAGGAGCUGGCCCAAGACAUGGACGCGCAGUCCAACCUGGACUCGGUCUACUUUUCUGGCAAGGGCCUCGCCAAAUUCGCCACCAUCGUGCUGUGCGCACGCGAGCUGCUGGGCGACGAAGCACUGGCAGCUGCCGGGCUGCGGAAGCUGCAGGCUGCCUUUGCCCGGUUUGCCGAGAACCGACAGCGCCACCCACUGGUAUACGAGAGCGCAUGGGGCGGGCUGGUGUCGUCGGCCACGUACACGACGGGCGACGCGAUGGCAGACUUUGGCAACGCCUACUACAACGACCACCACUUCCACUACGGCUACCUGGUGUACGCGGGGGCCGUGCUGGGCCACCUGGACGGGGCGUGGCUGCGGACCCACGGGGCGUACGUGGACACGCUGGUGCGCGAUUACGCCAAUCCGAGCCGGCAGGACGGCUUCUUCCCGGUCUUCCGCAGCUUCGACUGGUACCACGGCCACAGCUGGGCACACGGGCUGUUUGCGGCCAUGGACGGCAAGGACCAGGAGUCGAGCUCGGAGGACGGACUGGCCGCCUACGCGAUCAAGCUGUGGGGACAAGUGCGCGGCGACGUGGCCAUGGAGGCACGCGGCAGCCUGAUGCUGGCCGUGCUGGCGCGAUCGCUGCAGACGUACUACUACUACGAGCCCAACAGCCGCAGCAGCCGGGACGACGGCGGCCACGCGGUGGUGCCAGCAGCCUUUGCAGCCAACCGCGUCGUCGGCAUCCUGAUGGAAAACAAGAUGGACCACACGACGUACUUUGGAGCCGCGCGAGAGUACAUCCACGGCAUCCACAUGCUGCCGCUACUGCCGUGCUCACCGCUGAUCCGACCGCCCUCGUUUGUGGCCGAGGAGUGGACCGACGCCUUUGGCCAUGGCCGCGCUGACGCUGUGGCCGGUGGCUGGCGCGGCGUGCUGUACGGCAAUCUGGCCACGGCCGAUCCGGGCGCGGCAUACGCGUUUUUCAGCCAGCCUGCCUUUGACCCCGGCUGGCUGGACGGCGGAGCGAGCCGGACAUGGUAUCUGUGCUAUGCAGCAGCACUGCAGGAAGGGGGGGGCAGAUGGGCGAGGUGA